AUUUCCACUCACAUCAGCCAUGCAGAUAAUACAAAAAACUCUUGCUGCAUAUUAACAAGCUUUGCUUGGUCAUGGAGCGGAGUUAUAAGGGCAAGGAAGAAGGCGGCAAGACGAGUCGAUACCGGGGUGUACGUAGGCGGCCUUGGGGGAAGUUUGCGGCUGAGAUACGCGACACGAAUAGACACGGUGCUCGUGUUUGGCUCGGGACUUUUAACACCGCUGAGGAGGCAGCUCGAGCUUAUGAUAAAGCCGCUUAUGCCAUGAGAGGUCACUUAGCAAUUCUUAAUUUUCCCGAGGAGUAUCCCAUGGGAAGUGGCGGGGCCAAUGCUAAUUGCUAUGGUUCAUAUUCCGUGGGUUCUUCUUCUUCUUCUUCUUCUUCUUUUUCAUCAUCAUCAUCAAUAGAGCGAGGCAAACAAGUUUUCGAAAUAGAGUGUUUUGAUGAUAACUUGCUUGAAGAACUUCUUGAAAAUGAAGAGAAAAAGAGCAAGAAAAUGUGAAGGCUUGAUGUCAAUUCAAUUUGCUGGGGGAAAGAAGAAGAACACUGUUUUACCUGGUCAACUAUCUUGAAAGUCUUUCU